GAAAAAAGAAGGGGCCGCGCGCGGCGAGCGAGGGGCGCGUCCACUUUCGGUUCGCGCGGGGGGCGCGGGGCACGUGGCGGGACCCCUCCCCUCCCCCCCCUCCCGGGGCCCCCCGAGCGGGACGGGACCAGGCCGCGGCUGCCAUGGCUGAGGAGGAGCUGGGGACGCGAGCGGCCAGGAGGGGCACGCUGUCCCCUGGCAGUGCCCGGGGCGGUGCCACCGAGUCCAGCACGCUGCUGCAGGAGCUCCGGGGCAGCAUCUCCAAAUCCGUGCAGAGCAAGGUGGACUCCAUCCUGCAGGACGUGCAGAAGUUCUCGGACAGCGACAAACUCUACCUGUACCUGCAGCUGCCCUCGGGGCCCAGCCUGGGCGAGAAGAGCAGCAGCUCCUCGCUGGAGCUGAGCGCGCUGGGCACGGCCGAGCACAUGCACGCCUGCAGCUGGAUCCGCAACCACCUGGAGGAGCACACGGACACCUGCCUGCCCAAGCAGGACGUCUACGACGCCUACAAGCGCUACUGUGACAACCUGGGCUGCCGCCCGCUGAGCACGGCCAACUUCGGCAAGAUCAUCCGCGAGAUCUUCCCCAACAUCAAAGCCCGGCGCCUGGGGGGCCGUGGCCAAUCCAAGUACUGCUACGGCGGGAUCCGGAGGAAGACCGUGGUCAGCCUUCCUCCCCUGCCCAGCCUGGACCUCAAAGUGACCGAGACCCAGGCGGAGCUGGCCGAGCUGGCGCAGUCCUACAGCAGCGAGGUGACGGAGGCCGCGUGUGCCCUGACGUGCGACUGGGCCGAGAAGAUCCUGCGCCGCUCCUUCAACAACAUCGUGGAGGUGGCGCAGUUCCUGCUGCAGCAGCACAUCAUCAGCCCCCGCUCCGCCCACGCCGACCUGCUCAUGGCCAUGGUGCUCUCAGGUCAGCCCUGGGCACGGCGGGGACCGCCACACCCCGGGAGUCACCCACCCGGGGGCUGGGAUGGGCUGGUCCCUCCUUGGCAGUUAUCCCCUCCCCAUUCCCAGUGUCCCUUCCCCACUUCCAGUGUCACCCUCCCAGUGUCCCCUCCCCGCGGCGCCCGCGCCGGAGGGGACGGCGAGGGACAGCGCGGCCGGGCCACCAAGCGCGCCCUGGAGGGAGCCGGGGACGGCACCGCCAGCAAGAGGAGGCGCGGGAGGCCCCGCAAGAGGCCCGGGGACAGCGCGGGGUCACCCGAGGACGGCGAGGUCCCCAAGGGGGAUGAGGGAGGGGAUUCGCCCCCAGGGGCGUCACCCGGCGGUGGCAGUGCCACCGUGCCCGGCGGGGACAGGGGCGUGGAUGCUGCUGAGGGUGGCGGGGACAGCAUGGAGGUGGACGGUGACACGGUGGCUAGUAGGGACAGCCCGGUCAGUGGCAGUGCCAGCGUUCCCCUUGGGGACAGCCCAGUCAAUGGCAGUGCCACUGUGCCCCUUACUGACAGCCCAGUCAAUGGCAGUGCCACCACCCCCCUUGGGGACAGCUCAGUCACUGUCAGUGCCACCACCCCCCCUAGGGACAGCCCAGUCACUGUCAGUGCCAUCACCCCCCUUGGGGACAGCUCAGUUAGUGGCAGCAUCCCUGGUGGUGGCUCUGCUGGUGGUGGCAGUGCCACUGUCCCCAUUAGUGACAGCUUGGUCAAUGGCAGUGCCACCACCCCCCUUGGGGACAGCCCGGCUGGGGGCGGUGCCACUGUCCCCCCUAGGGACAGCUCAGUCGGUGGCAGUGCCAGUUUCCCCAGUGGUGGCUCUCCUGGUGGUGGCAGUGCCAUUGUCCCUCUCAGCGACAAGCCAGAUGCUGGCAGUGCCAGCCCAGCCAGGGUCAGUGACACUGGGGACAGGCUGGACACUGGCACUGCCACCACCCCCACUGAGGACAGCCCAGCCAGGGUCAGUGACACUGGGGACAGGCUGGACAUUGGCACUGCCACCACCCCCACUGAGGACAGCCCAGCCAGGGUCAGUGACACUGGGGACAGGCCAGACGCUGGCACUGCCACUGUCCCUGCCAGGGACAGCCCAGCUGGUGGCAGUGCCACUGCACCAGUCAAGGACAGUCUGGCCAGGGGCAGUGCCACCACUGGGGACAGCCCAUGCCAGGGCAGUGCCACCAUCCCUGCCAGGGACAGCUCACCCAUGGCCAGUGACAUUGGGGACAAGCUGGACACUGGCACUGUCACCACUGGGGACAGGCUGGACACUGGCACUGCCACCACUGGGGACAAGCUGGACACUGGCAGUGCCACCAUGAAGGACAGGCCGGUCACUGGCAGUGCCACCAUCCCUGCCAGGGACAGCUCGCCCAUGGCCAGUGACAUCAGAGACAGGCUGGACACUGGCAGUGCCACCACUGGGGACAGGCCGGUCCCCAGCAGUGCCACCAUCCCUGUCAGGGACAGCCCCUCCAGGGCCACCUGCGGCAGUGCCACUGUCCCCAUCAGGGACAGCUCAUCCAGGGACACUGCCACUGUCCCCAUUGAGGACAGGCUGGCCACUGGCACUGCCACUGUCCCUGUUGGGGAGAGGCUGGUCAGUGGCACUGUCCCUGUCGGGGACAGGCUGGUCACUGACAGUGGCACCAUUGGGGACAGGCUGGUCACUGACCGUGGCACUGUUGGGGACAGGCUGGUCACUGACAGUGGCACCCUUCCUGGCAGGGACAGUCCCUCCAGGGACAGUGGCACUCCUGGGGACAGGCCGGUCCCCGGCAGUGCCACCGUCCCCGUCAGGGACAGCCUAUCCAGGAGCACUGCCACCAUCGUGGACACGCCUGUCACCGGCAGUGCCACCCUCCCUGUCGGUGACAGCCCGCUGUGGGCCGGGGACAGCGCGGGGGCUGGCAGUGCCACCGCCCCCAGCAGGGACUGCCCGUCCCGGGGCACUGCCGCCAUCGUGGACGCGCUGGUCACUCUGAGUGGCACCGUGAUGGACAGGAGGAUCCUGGGCAGUGUCACCGUGCCCGUCAGGGCCAGCCUGUCCAGGGGCACUGCCACCAUCGUGGACACGCCCGUCUUCGUCAGCGCCACCGUCCUGGUGGGGGACUCCAUCCCCAGGGUCACCGCCACCAUCGUGGAGUCCAGGGUGCCCGGCCAUGCCACCCUGCCCCCCGGGGACACGCUGGCCUGUGGCAGUGCCACCAUCCCUGUCAGGGAGUGCCCGUCUGGGGACAGUGCCACCGUCCAUGGAGGGGACAGCCCAGGCAGGGACAGCGCCACUGUCCCCAUCAGAGAGUGCCCAUCAAGGGACAGUGCCGCCGUCCCUGACAGGGACUGGACAGGCAGGGACGGUGCCACGGUCCCUGGAGGGGACAGCCCAGGCAGGGACAGUGCCACCCUCCCUGUCAGACAGUGCCCGUCCAGGGGCAGUGCCACCCCUGGGGACAGGCACGUCACCGGCAGCCCCCCCAUCAUGGACACACCAGCCAGUGGCAGUGCCACCAUCCCCGUCAGGGAGUGCCCGUCCAGGGGCAGUGGCGGCACCCUCGGGGACAGGCCUGGCAGUGGUGGCAGCCUCGGGGACAGGCCUGGCAGUGGCAGUGGCACCCUCGGGGACAGGCCCGUCACUCCCGUCCGCGUCAGUGUCAUCAGGGAUGGCAGGACGGGCACCAGGGUGGCACAGCGGGGACACAGCCGGGCCGGGUCCCCCCCGGGGGACACGCGGGGACAGUCCUGCUCUGGGCACCACGGGGGACACACGGGGAGGGGGUCCCCUGCGUCACACCAGUAAAAACACCAGUAAAAACCAG